UCUCGUGUAAUUCGUCAAGCACCCGGUGAACGUUGUUAUCAUAUCUUUUAUCAGCUCUUCUCUGGACAUUUGCCAAAUCUUACCAAGGACCUGCAAUUGACCAAACCAGUGAAGGACUACUACUUCGUUGCCCAGGCUGAGUUGAAGAUUGAUGGCGAAGAGUUUCAAUUGACCGAUGAAGCCUUCGACAUCCUUAAAUUCACACCAGAAGAGAAGAUGAACUGCUAUAAACUCGUCUCUGCAAUGAUGCAUAUGGGUAACAUGAAAUUCAAACAGCGACCUCGUGAAGAGCAAGCUGAACCUGAUGAAACCGAAGAAUCCACGCUUGCUGCUGAAAUGUACGGUGUCGACAUGGAGGAGUUGGUAAAAGCUUUGUUACGUCCCCGUCUCUAUUCUCGAAUCUUCAACUGGUUGGUGAAGAAAUGUAACCAAACCCUCGAUCAAAAGGGUAUCUCUCGUGAUUACUUCAUCGGUGUGCUCGAUAUCGCCGGUUUCGAGAUUUUCGACUUCAACUCAUUCGAACAACUCUGGAUUAACUUCGUAAACGAAAAGCUGCAACAGUUCUUCAACCACCAUAUGUUCGUCCUGGAGCAGGAAGAAUAUGCUCGUGAGGGUAUCAACUGGGUAUUCAUUGAUUUCGGUCUCGAUUUGCAAGCAUGUAUCGAGCUGAUUGAGAAGGUAAAGAUUUUGUUUCAAAACAGGGAAGGGUAA